CAGAGUCACGUUAAGAAGACUCGGCCCACUUUUCUUGAAGAGUCUUCGCUUGAUGACUCCCUCGUUUCACCGAUACUGCUUUUGUAAUUCUUGAUUUUGUAAUCCGAAGUCGAAGCUCGAGUGCUCGAGUCUUUCUCAGUGAAGACUUCUAAACUUUUCCCAGAUGUUAGAAAGUUUUGAUAUUUAAAAGUUGGGUUGCUUUUAAGUUUAGUAGUUUGUGCUGAUGGCAAAUCCUUGGAAGAAGCAGAGAUUGAAAGAUUCGACUUUAUGCCGUGUAGGGAUUCUAUUUGCAGUUACAGUCUCUAUAGUUCUCAUGUUGAUGUUGGUGUCUGUACCCAGAACAGCUUCGAAUAGGAGAUUCUCCGACAGUGGUUUGGAUGAUUUCGGCAAAGAUUUGGAAGUUAACCUUAACACUUCAUUGCUAAGAGUUGCUAGAGAGAAUAGAAUGUCGCUUAGGUUGCAUAAAAGGAACCUUUUACCUCCGAGGAAUCUAGAUCUGUACCCGGAUUUGGCGAAAGACCACGUGGUUAUCGUCUUAUACGUGCACAAUCGGGCUCAGUAUUUUCGAGUAACUGUGGAUAGCUUGUCCAAGGUUAAGGGAAUAAGCGAGACACUAUUGAUUGUUAGCCAUGAUGGUUACUUUGAAGAGAUGAACAAGAUUGUGGAGAGUAUUAAAUUUUGUCAGGUGAAACAGAUAUUCUCUCCCUAUUCUCCUCACAUAUUUCAAGGUAGCUUCCCCGGUGUGACCGCGAGUGACUGUAAGAACAAAGGUGAUGAGGCAAAGACGCAUUGUGAAGGCAAUCCGGAUCAGUAUGGGAAUCACCGGUCUCCAAAGAUUGUAUCUUUGAAGCAUCACUGGUGGUGGAUGAUGAACACUGUAUGGGAUGGAAUGGUGGAGACUGAAGAUCACAAGGGUCAUAUCCUUUUCAUCGAGGAAGAUCAUUUUCUUUUUCCUAAUGCUUAUCGCAAUAUACAGACUCUCACGAGCCUGAAACCAGCGAAAUGUCCCGACUGCUUUGCUGCUAAUUUAGCACCCUCUGAUGUGAAAUCAAGAGGAGAAGGGCUUGAGUUUUUGGUUGCAGAGAGAAUGGGAAAUGUUGGGUACUCUUUUAACAGAAGUGUGUGGAAAAAUAUACACCAGAAGGCGAGAGAGUUUUGUUUCUUUGAUGAUUACAAUUGGGAUAUAACCAUGUGGGCGACUGUUUUCCCCUCUUUUGGUUCCCCUGUUUACACGUUGAGAGGGCCUAGGACCAGUGCGGUUCACUUUGGAAAAUGUGGAUUGCAUCAAGGUAGAGGUGAGGAAGGAGAUUGUAUCGAUAAUGGGGUGGUAAAUAUCGAGGUCAAGGAAACAGAUAAAGUUGUGAACAUCAAGGAAGAAUGGGGAGUUAAGGUGUUUAAACACCAAGCUGGUUAUAAAGCUGGUUUCAAAGGUUGGGGAGGUUGGGGCGACAAAAGAGAUCAACGUUUGUGUUUGGAUUUUGCCACUAUGUAUCGUUCGUAAAAACGUGGAUCAUCUCCAUGAAUGAAGCUUAAGGACGUCCAAGUAAAUUUGGUAAUAUAAUCAGAAAACCUUUUGGGGACCUGCUUCUUUCUUUUUUUUCUUACGUGGUAUUGAGGGCAUUGUGUUUCUUGUUGUAUUUUGAUUGUUAUGUCUUGUUUGUAUUACUAGUAUUGCUCUUUCUAUGCAAGCUUCUGUCGCCUUUCUUACUUGUUGACAAUAGCUUCAUAGUUGAUGGAAUCUUGAGUCACUUGCGAUUUGUAUACAUUUGGUUUGAAGCUAGUUGUUCUUUGCUAUAUCUU